AUGUGCUCCAGGCAGAGCUCCGGAGGCUGCCACGGGAUGUCCUCCCAAUCCAGCGGCUGCCACAGCUGCUGCUGCUGCUGCCGUGGGGGCAGCUCCUCCAGCUACCAGUCCCAGGGCUCCUCCUGCUGCUCUGGGGGCUCAGGAGGCGGAGGAGGUGGAUCCUGCUGCGGUGGAGGAUCCGGUGGUGGCAUGGGAGGAGGAUCCGGUGGUGGCAGCCAGAAGAUCAUUAUCAGCUCUGGUGGAGGAGGAGGAGGAGGCGGAGGGGGAGGCUCCUCUGGAUGCUGUGGUGGGGGAUCCAGUGGUGGCUCUUCAGGAUCCUCAAAGGGCAUGAUGGGAGGUGGAGGUGGAGGAUGCUGUGGUGGAGGAUCCGGUGGUGGCAUGGGAGGAGGAUCCGGCGGUGGAUCAGGAAUGAAGAUCAUCACUGGAGGGGGAGGCAGUGGAGGAUCGGGUGGUGGAAUGGGAGGAGGAUCCUCAAAGGGCAUGAUGGGUGGUGGAGGUGGUGGAGGAGGAGGAUGCUGUGGAGGAGGAUCCGGGGGUGGAAUGGGAGGAGGAUCCUCAAAGGGCAUGAUGGGUGGUGGAGGUGGUGGAGGUGGAGGAUGCUGUGGGGGAGGAUCCGGGGGUGGAAUGGGAGGAGGAUCUGGUGGUGGAUCAGGAACAAAGAUCAUCAUUGGAGGGGGAGGCAGUGGAGGAUCUGGUGGUGGAAUGGGAGGAGGAUCCUCAAAGGGCAUGAUGGGAGGUGGAGGUGGAGGAUGCUGUGGGGGAGGAUCCGGGGGUGGAAUGGGAGGAGGAUCUGGCGGUGGAUCAGGAACAAAGAUCAUCAUUGGAGGGGGAGGCAGUGGAGGAUCCGGUGGAUGCUGUGGGGGAGGAUCUGGUGGUGGAAUGGGAGGAGGAUCCGGGGGUGGGUCUUCAGGAACAAAGAUCAUCAUUGGAGGGGGAGGCAGUGGAGGAUCUGGUGGUGGAAUGGGAGGAGGAUCCUCAAAGGGCAUGAUGGGUGGUGGAGGUGGUGGAGGAUGCUGUGGGGGAGGAUCUGGUGGAAUGGGAGGAGGAUCUGGCAGUGGAUCAGGAACAAAGAUCAUCAUUGGAGGGGGAGGCAGUGGAGGAUCCGGUGGUGGAAUGGGAGGAGGAUCCUCAAAGGGCAUGAUGGGAGGAGGAGGAUCCUCUGGAUGCUGCGGCGGAGGAGGAUCCGGCGGUGGCUACGGGAUGGGAGGAGGGUACGGUGGGGGCAGUGGGGGAUCAGGCCAGAAGAUCAUUAUCAGCUCUGGGGGUGGAGGAGGAGGAGGAGGAGGAGGCUCCUCCGGAUGCUGCGGUGGGGGAUCCAGCGGCGGCUCUUCAGGAGGGAAGAUCAUCAUGGGAGGGUCCUCCCAGUCCUCCCAGCAGAAGUGCCCCAUCGUCAUCCCCAGCGUCGUGUCCCACCAGACCAAGCAGAGCUGCCACUUCCCCUCUGGCCAGAAGUGA